ACGCAGUGACGUCAUAUAAAUGCGCUCUUUGUUACUCCAGCAUCUUCAGUAGAACACUACAACACAGACUCAGGUUUACCUCUUUAAUCUGUUAAAUGUAGAGUAAAUCAGCAGCUGCCUGUAUUCAUGUGUUAAUGUAGAGGUACUCGGAGGUUGACAGGUUAUUCUCCCCGCCCUGUGAUGGCUAACGAGCGGCUCAGAGCUCUGGAGGAUGUGGAGAAGGAGAUAGCGACGAUUCUACAGUGUGCAGGCACCAUAGUCCUGGAGCUCUCCAAAGACAAACACAACGCCAGCCUCCUGGACAGACAGCUGGUCCAGUUUCAGAGCUCCGUCAACCGGGUGGAGAAUGAGCUGAGCUCCCAGAUCCGAUACCUCACACAGGUAGCGACAGGUCAGCCUCACGAAGGCUCCACCUACUCCGCCAGGAAGGACUGCCAGAUGGCGCUGAACAGAGCAGAGUACGCCAAAGUCAAACUGGGAGAACUGGGACGCACCUGUGAGCUCAUGCUGGAGCAGCAGCAACAGCAGCAGCAGCAGCAGCAGCAGCAGCAGCAGCAGCAGCAGCAGCAGCAGCAGCAGACAUGAGACCAGAUGGUGUUGUUUUACACCUCAAACCACAGCCUGUGAAACUUUUCACACAACUUUUGUAUUCUUACCACAAACACAAAAGAAGCUCAAAGAAUCAGAGAUAACGUUUUUUUAAGUGGUAUUCAUUUUAUUUUCCUGAGCAUUUUAUUUUGUUUUCUCCUCUGUCCUGUGAACUGUAAUCAACGUUUUGACUCUUUACAUAUACUAAUAAAACUACAAAGAUAUUUAGUA